AAUUAAUCAUGCAGUUUUUUGGAGAGGAGGACACUUUGUUAGGAUCACUUGUAUCCAGCUUACAACCGAAGUAUUAUUUAUGAUUGAGCAUAGAAAAACUGAAACAUAAAAGAAUUGGGGAGUAUUUGCAAUUCUAUUUAUGGCUGGCCUAAUCCUUAUUAUCAUAUCCAUACCAUUUGCCUCCUUUCUGAUACUCAAUCCUAAACCAUUUUGCUUGCUCUUUUCAUCUGGCUCCUUUGUUAUUUUGUUAUCCAUGCUUUAAAUUAUCGAACUAAAAACGCUUUUUAAUAAAAUUUCUUCAUCUGCUGCCACGUUGCUUUAUCUAGUAUCACUAAUCGCCUGCUUAUACACAGGAAUGUUCUAUAUGGGAUACUUUUACACUCUAGGAUUGUUAUCACUUCAAGUAAACUUUUCAAUAAAUCAAGAUCGCAUCCUUAAUAUAUUUGACGGUAUCCCUAUUUCCAGGAGGAAAAACCGGUAUGCAUGCUGCCUUCAAUUUAUUAAAGAAUCAACUCAAAGGGAUAUUCUUAAAAAAAACCUUUUUACCAUUGUGA